AUGCUGAUGGGCCAGCCCUCCAAAAGCAGCUCUGGCGAGGAAAACAGCAGGAAUAAACCCACCGACGACAGCAACAAUAGUGACAGCGACAAUAGUGACAGCUCCAUUUCCCAGGGACACGUCAAUGAUACCACCAAAGAGCUGAGUGGGGAUUCUCAGCCUGAGCAAACCACCCCUGAUUUGCCUGGUCCUCUCAUUGUCGACGAUCUCCGCGGCUCCGGCUUGUCCUUGGUACCCCGACUGACCAGAACACUGUGA